CCGGUGGGCCUGGAGGCUCGCGGGCGGGCGGGGAAGCAGGCGCUGAGGCGGCCGCGUGAGGGAGAGGAGGAGGCGCCGCAGGAGUGGCGGGGCCGGCGCUGAGGAGAUGUGCGGGGAAGCCUGAGGCCGAGACGCCCGCCUGGCUGCCCGGGCUCCUGGAAGAUGAAAGAGACUCUACAAGGGACUGGGUCUUGGGGGCCUGAGCCUCCUGGACCUGGCAUAGCCCCAACCUAUGCGAGCCCCAGGCAGGAGCAUCUUCGGUGGCCCCCACCCCCGAAGCCCCGACUCAAAUCUGGUGGCGGUUUUGGGCCCGAUCCCGGGUCGGGGACUGCAGUGCCAGCCAGACGCCUCCCUGUCCCUCGGCCCUCUUUCGAUGCCUCGGCCAGCGAAGAGGAGGAAGAAGAGGAGGAGGAGGACGAGGAGGAAGAUGAGGAAGAAGUGUCAGCGUGGAGGCUGCCCCCCAGAUGGAGCCAUGUGGGAGUCUCGCAGCGGUCCCGCCCGGCCCGCUCCGCUCAUCGCAAAACCUGCUCCCAGCGUCGGCGGCGAGCCAUGAGAGCUUUCAGGAUGCUGCUGUACUCCAAAAGCACCUCGCUGACAUUCCACUGGAAGCUUUGGGGCCGCCACCGAGGCCGGCGGCGAGGGUUUGCACACCCCAAGAACCAUCUUUCUCCCCAGGAAGGGGGUGUGACGACACAGGUGCCCUCUCCCUAUUGUCGUUUUGACUCCCCCCGGGGACCUCCCGCCCGGCUGGGUCUGCUCGGUGCUCUCAUGGCUGAGGAUGGGGUGCGAGGGUCUCCGCCAGUGUCCUCGGGGCCCCCGGUGGAGGAAGACGGAUUAAGGUGGACCCCCAAGUCUCCUCUGGACCCUGAUUCUGGCCUCCUCUCCUGUACGCUGCCUAAUGGCUUUGGGGGACCACCUGGGCCAGAAGGGGAGUGCAAUAUGGCACCCCCAGAUGCCAGCAUUCUCAUCAGCAAUGUGUGUAGCAUCGGGGACCAUGUUGCCCAAGAGCUUUUUCAGGGCUCAGAUUUGGGCGCUGCAGAAGAGGCCGAGCAGCCUGAGGAGAAAGCUGGACAGCACAGCCCCCUACAGACGGAGCAUGUGACCUGUGUGCAGAGCAUCUUGGAUGAAUUCCUUCAAACUUAUGGCAGCCUUAUCCCCCUCAGCACUGAUGAAAUCGUAGAGAAAUUGGAGGACAUUUUCCAGCAGGAGUUUUCGACACCUUCUAGGAAAGGCCUGGUGCUGCAGUUAAUCCAGUCCUACCAGCGGAUGCCAGGCAAUGCCAUGGUGAGGGGCUUCCGAGUGGCCUACAAGCGACACGUGCUGACGAUGGAUGACUUGGGGACCUUGUAUGGACAGAACUGGCUCAAUGACCAGGUGAUGAACAUGUAUGGGGACCUGGUUAUGGACACAGUUCCUGAAAAGGUGCAUUUCUUCAACAGUUUCUUCUAUGAUAAACUUCGUACCAAGGGUUAUGAUGGGGUGAAAAGGUGGACCAAAAAUGUGGACAUCUUCAAUAAGGAGCUGCUGCUCAUCCCCAUCCACCUGGAGGUGCAUUGGUCCCUCAUUUCUGUUGAUGUGAGGAGACGAACCAUCACCUAUUUUGACUCGCAGCGUACCCUAAACCGCCGUUGCCCUAAGCAUAUUGCCAAGUAUCUGCAGGCUGAGGCAGUGAAGAAAAAUCGGCUGGAUUUCCAUCAGGGCUGGAAAGGUUACUUUAAGAUGAAUGUUGCCCGGCAGAAUAAUGACAGUGACUGUGGCGCCUUUGUCUUGCAGUACUGCAAGCACCUGGCCCUGUCGCAGCCGUUCAGCUUCACGCAGCAGGACAUGCCCAAACUUCGGCGACAGAUCUACAAGGAGCUGUGUCACUGCAAACUCACUGUGUGAGCCUCGAGUCCCGGCCUCCAGCCCCCCGUUCGUGGGCAGAGGGGCGUGGGAAACUCCCGUUCCUCCGAGAAACUCCAGUUCCUCCCCUCCUUGGUCUCUCCCCGCCCGGUCCCCCCUUUUAUUUGUUUGUUUUUUCAUAUUUAAAUGUUAAAAUCGUUUUCUGUAUUUUUUUCCCUUGGAAAGGAUUGAUUUCUAACGUCCACUCGGGGUGCGAC